CCGGCUGAUCAUCACUCUUGUUUACCAGUAUAGCCCAAGCGCACAGCUGUGUGGGGUCCGUCGGUUCAGCAGCAGGCGCUCUCUGUGGACAAGUAAUCCUCGUGGUUUGGUGCCUGGUCCUUCGAGUGACUUGAAUCUGUUCACUGUGCUGCUGUCUGCCCUGUGUUCCAUCUGGUGGUGACUCUGUCACGGCUUGUUAACUCUUCACACACCAAACUUUCCCCAUGUAUGAAAAUGACAGCAAGUGGCCCUCAUUCCACAAAAAGCGAAAAACUUGACCAAUAACCCCAUUGUGUGUCAUAUAUAUUUAGUGUAAAAUCUCCCAGUUUUGGGUCAAGAUGCAGUCCAUUAUCAUCCCCGGAAGCUGCCCACCAGCCAGUGAGUGUGAUGCCUGCUGGCCGUGCCCACCUCAUCUGCCUUAUACCCUGAUGCUGCAGCAUCAGCAUCAGGAGGCAGCAUCACCUACCAGCAGCCCCUGCUGUCUCCCCUACACCCUGAUGCUGCCCCCACAGGCAGCAUCACCUACCAGCCCUCCCUGCUGGCCGCCCACCGUCUGGCCGACCCAAGACACGCGCUACUGGAGAAAUUGUAAUUUGGAAGGCAGCUUGAGCAGCAGGAGGCGUGGGAGGGUGAGCUGCAGCAGCACCAGCAGCAGCAGCAGCUACGAAGAUAUCUAUAGUGAUGAUAUCGAUGACAACAAUAAUAACAACAGCAUCAUUGAACUGGAGCAGUUGCAGGGGAGCGGCAAGGGGUCCACAACCAUCUGUGGACAAGACACCAUCAACUUCAUCAACACGGACGAAGACCCAAAUAACAACAUCAAUGACACUGAAGAAUACAUCAGUAACAACAACAACAUUGGUAGUGAGAGCACGAAGAGGACGAAGACCUCGGCCCCUCGGGCUCGGGUGGUGGACGAUGACGGCUUCAUCAGGAGAGCUGCGAGUGUGUGUGUCGACGAGACUGAGACCAAGGUACUGCUGGUGUCGAGCAAGAAAGACUCCAGCUCGUGGCUGGUGCCUGGGGGCGGAGUGGAGGCAGGAGAGGACAUCGCAGCAGCGGCCAUGAGAGAGGCGUGGGAGGAGGCCGGUGUGGAGGGCAACAUCGACAGAUACUUGGGACUGUUCGAGACGCAGCACCACAGCGGCAGGAAGCGGCACAGGACGGCGGUCUUCGUGGUGAGGGUGGCGCAGGUCCUCUCCCAGUACCCGGAGGCCCACCUGGGUCGACAACGUGAGUGGUUUCCCAUUGAGGAGGCUCUGAUGCUUCUUUCUCGUCACCGGCCCCUGCAGAGUGCCUAUCUGCAGCUGCUGCUGGUGUCGCACCUCAAGGUCCCACCAGCUUGAGCCCGAGUUCUGAAGGAUACUAUGUGGGAAGUGUCUGCUGCCUGAUGGGGGUUACCUCUACUAGGCAAGCACGUUAUCGUCAACACUGGAGAUCUCCGUCAGCAUUUAUGAAGGACAAUAUGACAUAAGCUAUUGUGUACUAGAGCCAAAUUUGAUAAUAAUGGAGGAACGUAAUAAGCAGGACCCGUCAUCCAGACGUAAUGUUAUAUAAUUAAUGGAUGUUUCAAAGUUAUAACAUGCGAUGAAUUUAAAAUGAGUUUUUGAGAAGACGAACUUUGUAUUUAUAAUGCUAAGUUACUGCAGGUCAUGCAUGGUGGAAGCAAAGAGUUGAGGACUGGAAGCAUGCCUGGCCAAUGUUCUUUAUGGCAAAAGAUACAUAGUUUUCCCAAAGUCAUGAGGGAACCCUGCCAACAUGGUAACAGUUAAGAGACAAUACAGUUAUGGUUUUUGUGAACUGAAGUAUUUCAAAGAGGACAGUAAUAUGAAAUACUUUAAUAAUAAUGUUGCAAGUGUUUUAAAUAAGAUUAUAAUAAUGUUAGAAAAUCUUCCUUGUUGAUACCUGUUUACUCUGAAAUAUGUUUGAUAAAUGUGAAUGGUUCCAACACAGGGUGGCAAGUGGUUCUUGUCACCUGGUGGUUGACCAAUUUACGGUGAAAUACCUAAAUGGGUAUGUUCCCUAAUCUGAUCCAGCUGCCACUGACACCCAAGUUUGCUUUCAAUAACUUAGAUAUUGUCUAUCCUAGGUGUCAAGCAGCUAAUCUGACAAAAGAGUUCAAUGUACAGGUACUUAAUUUUGCAUAAAUUGAUAUUACCAUCUUUGACUGUCUUGCAUUUUAAUAAUUGAUACAGUAUGUUAAAAUUCUGAAAAUAAUAAAAUCUCAGAAAAUGUGAUAUGAUAAGUUUGAUGAUGUAAAGUGUAUCAAGACAAGUAUAGGCAAAUUUAUAAGACAUGUUGCACAUCAUAAAACUAAGCUUACUCUUGUAUAUGUUGUAAUUUAAAAAUAAACUGUGAUCUUUGCUGUAGAAAAGGCAUAAAGAUAUAUUUUGCAUUUAUAAUUUGCAAAGUUUCCACAUACAAUUUGAUUAAACGUAAAAGCUUUAGUUUAACUGGUAUAAAUAAUUUGUUCACGUUUUAGUGAUGCAUGAAUUUUAACUAAUACGUAUAUUAUUAUUAUAAUUAGCUCACGAUAAGUACUGGCUGCUCUUUAAUGGGUGGUCUCGUGCAUAAAGAUGGUAAAUCACUUUUUGCAAUCAUUUGCCAGGUCUUGUCUGGAUAUGAACAGAGAACAAAAGGGGGAAAUAAAAUGUAAUGGAAUGACAGAGAUGAGUUUAGGAGUUACUCUACUGAAAGUACAAACAGAAAACCCAUAGAAUAGGGAACAUUCAUGCAUUCAUCAACAAGUUGUAUGUUACAUGUGGAAAAGUUGUGCGUGUGUUUUGAGAGUAUUCACACCCUGAUCCUGUUUCCUUGGAAACCAUUAUCAUUUGAAAAAUUUUCCUUUUCUAUAAGCUUCAUUAUUAUAUUAAUUGUGACAUUUGGUUCUAAUUUAUCAAGAGCUCCAUCAUCCAUAAAGGUAGAGUGUCACUUUGAAAAGAAAAACCUUUACUUUGUCCAUGUCUCUUUUAUGUUAACUGUACUUUUGUGAAGUUACAUUUUGUUACCUUAAUUUAAGCAGGACAGUAGUUGAGAAAAAACUUAAACCAUUAACUUCACGUUUCAAUUAUAACAGACUUACAACAGACUUGAUUUUGAUUGUUAAAACAGAGAAUGAUGUCAGAUAGAUUCCACAUUAAGAAUUGACAAAUUAAAAAUUUAAUUAAAGUUAUCCAAAAAUCUUCAAUUCCAAUAAUCAUUACAAAGGGAAUUAUGUUAUGCUUUUGAUUUUAGAAAUUCUAAUAUUCUAUAGGUAAUACCAAAAACAUUACAGGUUUAUGAUAAUGAAGGUUUCAGUAGCAAAUUAAUGUUUUUUUUAUAAUAAUACAGCUGCUCAAAACAAACCAUACUUCACAGUACUGUACAGUAUCUUGAUUACCUGCUAAUUAUGUUCAUUCCAUCAAAGCUAAUUAAAUGACUGCUAUGCUAACAUACAAACAGCUGGAAAACAAAAAUUGUACAUUAUUAUUUAAAUACUGUACAGUAUAAUACUGUAUUAUUAGUCUGGCAUGAUUAAUAAUUAACAUUGGCCAGAACAAAAUAUUGUCCAUUUUUCAACUAUCUGGUUCGCCACAGCCUGUCUGGCGCUCCUGUGAGCGUACAAGUUGGUGAGCAAAGGUUCUUAUCUUUACUCAUCCCUCCAGUACUUAUGUAAUUUAUUUUUUUGACUGCUGAACUGCUUGAAGCUUCUUUUUGUGGUUGGAGCAUUGUGUUAUCAUCGAACACAUUUAGUCAUCAUUUUUUUUUUACUGCUGAAAAGAUUAUUUAUGAUCCAUUUUUGUUGUGAAUGUUAAGUACUGUUUGCCAGUCAUUGUUCUCAUAAGUGUUGCUGUAACGGAGCUCUACAGUGUGGCCCUUCCCCAUGUGUCUCGAGUGUGUGUUGUAAGUGUGUUCUUAGGAUAAAAUGUGUAGUAAUAUUUUUGCCAUCGAUGGGAGGAUGUAUGACACAUUUGUAUGCCUUAUAUGUUGUUGUUAUUGUUGUUUAUUCAGUAAUCUAUUUUAGCAAUUCAUCUAUUUUUCUCAUAGCUUCAUUGUGAGUUUCACUUCUCUCAUUAGAUUUAAUUUCUUUAUUUUUAAUAAAUUAAAGUAGUUUAUAUCUAUAAAUUAAUACAACAAAUAUAUAGUAGAUUCUAAUUUUGAGGAGAGAUGUUCCCUGUGUUAAAAGAAUUCACUAACUUGUAUAAUAUGCAUAUACAGUAUAUGCCAAACGAACAUGUUUAAAGUUUUUGAUGGUUUCUAAGCCCACAAGGAGUGCGGCCAAGCACAACAGUCUCAAGCUGCCUGUAUGCAUUUACUACUAUUUUGAUAUAAAGGAAUUAAUGGCU